CUUCUGCCUCGACCUUAUCCAGCCACACACCACCAUGUGCCAUACCAGCUGCUCCUCAGGCUGCCAGCCAACCUGCUGCGUGUCCAGCCCCUGCCAGGCAUCCUGCUGCGUGCCUGUGGGCUGCCAGUCCUCCGUGUGUGUGCCCAUGAGCUUCAAGCCAGCUGUGUGCGUGCCUGUGAGCUGCCAGUCUUCCGUGUGCGUGCCUGUGAGCUGCAGGCCCGUUGUUUAUGCGGCUCUCUCCUGCCAGUCCUCCGGGUGCUGCCAGCCCUCCUGCGCCAGCGUCCUCUGCAGACCCAUCUCCUGCAGCAUCCCUUCCUGCUGCUGACCAUGAAUCUCCAGACCCGCUGCUCCCAGUGCAGAUGAGGCCACACCUGCACACUCCCCGGAUGAGUCCUCAGUUGGUCUUCUGCACACGGGGCAGGUGAAAAGCAUGCUCAGUGAACCCUCUGAAUUCUGGAUCGAGAAUAUGACAGAAUGAUCUGGAGCCCUUGUUGACCUUGCCCAUCCCCCCAGGGAAGUCCAGGGUCCUAGAGUCAUUCUCUGACCCCACGAGAGCCAAAUAAACCAGCUUUCCCUAUGCA